GUGCUGUCGGACUGUAGAGUGUAAGCUAGGUGGCCGCACCGACACAUGUAUCGCACCGAGGCUGUGCCAGACGCACAUGGGCUCCGUCCUGCACUCCACCCGGGGAUCUUCAGCAGCCGCAGCCGAGCGAAGUGGGGGGACCCUCAGCCCGCGGUCAGCGCUGCCUGGACUCUUCCUCUGACACACACACACACACACACACACACACACACAGACACACACACACAGACAAACAAACAGCCACCAACACAUUUCAUCUCCUUUCCCCCCUUCCCCGAGAGGCUCGCUGAGAUCCAGCGUGUUAUUUUAUUUGGAUCCUGCGUGAGUCGCGGCGGACAAACUGCGUGUUAACGCGGGGAGAGCUCGGACUUGUCUUUUUUUUUUUUUUUUGGUUUUUUUGGCUGGAGAAAAACACACCAAAACACACGCGAAAAGACUCCGCUCCUGUCGCCCUACCCCUUCUUCUUUUAUUUCCUGUCAGUUUUUUUCUUCUUCUUCUUCUUGCGAUUUCUUUCGUGCCACCAAAGCAGGAACCCCGGCCGGGACUGAGCCCGGUGCUCCCGAGGAUGAACUAGAAUUGCGAUCGAGGCUGCGGGCUCGUUUUACUGGAUUUAUUUCGCCGUGGAGGAAAAAGAGAUCCGGGAGCGGAGCGGAGCGGUGCGGUGCGGUGCGGUGCGCAAAAAAAAAGAAAAAAGAAAAAAGAAAGAAGAGCCGAGGUCUUCCUAGUUUCUCUUCUCCGCUCUCCCUCCCUCUAUCUCUCCAUCUAUCAAUCUGUCUACCUGUCCUCCUCUGUCUGUCUGUCUGUCUAUCUAUCUCUUCAUUUGUUUCUCUGCUUUUUAGGUCCGUGAGAUUUUGCUAAAAUGCAUCAUCAACAGCGGAUGGCAGCUUUGGGGACAGACAAGGAACUGAGUGACUUACUGGAUUUCAGCGCGAUGCGAAACAGCGAUUUGAAAAUGUUCCCAACAUCCAUGAUGUUUUCCCCUCCUGUUAGCAGUGGAAAGAACGGGCCGACUUCCCUGGGGAGCGGACAUUUCUCCGGCUCAAAUAUGGAGGAGAGAACGAGUGCAGGGUCAUGGGCGAGUGGAAGUCGUUCUUCCAAGAGUUAUGCAGAUGGGUCUCAGUACAUGGCGUCACACGACAGCCUAUCACCUUCGUACGCCAACUCCAGCAGGCUAACAGGUAAAACAGAGAGGAGUUCGUACUCGUACAACAGAGGGUCCAACCCACACUGCCACCAGUCGAUACUGGGUGGCGAGAUGGGUUUGGGGAGUCCCGGCGCGGCGUCGCCCACCAAGCCGGCCGGUCAGUACUACCAGCACUACGGCUCCAACCCGCGGAGGAGACCGCUGCCUAUGGACGCCAUGGAGGUUCACCCGAAGAAAGUUCGAAAGGUCCCUCCCGGCUUGCCGUCCUCAGUGUACGCUCCGUCUGCCAGUACAGCAGACUACAACAGGGACUCACCGGGUUAUCCCUCCUCCAAACCUCCCAGCGCUGGCUUCCCAAGCUCAUUCUUCAUGCCAGAAGGUCACCACAGUGGCGAUCACUGGAGCAGCAGUAGUAGCAGUAUGAGCCAGCAGGGUUACCACGGCAGCAUGCUGGGGGGCGGGAACUCGUCCCACGGCCCUGCCCAGGGCUCCUCCUACUGUGGGAUUCACCCUCACGACAGAUUGAGCUACCCGUCCCACUCGUCUGCAGAUAUCAGCUCCAGCCUCCCUCCUAUGUCCAGCUUCCACCGAGGGGGAGGGAGCGGGGGCGGGGGCAAUCACUACAGCACCGCCUCUUGCACCGCUUCCACCAACGGCACAGAAAGCAUCAUGGCUAACCGAGCGCCGAGCGCAGCAGCCAGCAGCUCUCAGACAGGAGACGCCUUAGGGAAAGCACUCGCAUCGAUCUACUCCCCAGACCACACGAAUAACAGCUUCUCGUCCAAUCCCUCCACCCCAGUCGGCUCCCCGCCCUCCCUCACAGCUGCCAGUUCAGCUGUCUGGUCGAGGAACGGCGGACAGGGAGCGUCAUCGCCAAACUAUGAGGCUCCGUUGCACUCUCUGCAAAGUCGUAUCGAGGACCGCCUGGAGCGUUUGGAUGACGCCAUCCACGUACUGCGGAGCCACGCGGUGGGACCGUCGACGGGUAUGGCCAGCGGGCACGGCGAAAUGCACAACCUCAUCGGGGCCGCACAUACGCACAACGGCGCCAUGGGCGCCCUGAGCAGCGGGUACGGGACGGGACUGCUGUCGGCCAACAGACACUCCCUCAUGGUGGGCUCUCACAGAGAAGACGGCAGCGGCGUGGGCGGUUUGCGCAGCGGACACUCGAUGGCGGGUCAGGUGCCGGGGCCUCAGCUGCCCGUUCAGUCGGCCGCCUCGCCGGACCUCAACCAGCCCGACCCGUACCGCGCCCUGUCCGGAGGCCUCCAGGGCCAGAGCACCUCCUCCGUCAGCUCGGAGAUCAAGUCUGAGGAUGAGGGGGACGAGAACCUCCUGCAGGACCCCAAGUCCCUGGACCCCAAGAAGGAGGACGGCGACAGCAAGGACCUGAAAUCAAUUGAGAGGUUAAGAUCUAGCAACAACGACGACGAGGACCUGUCUCCGGAGCAGAAGAUGGAGAGAGAGAGGGAACGGAGGAUGGCGAACAACGCGCGGGAGCGUCUGCGCGUCCGCGACAUCAACGAGGCGUUCAAGGAGCUGGGCAGGAUGGUGCAGCUGCACCUGAAGAGUGACAAACCGCAGACCAAGUUACUGAUCCUGCACCAGGCCGUGGCCGUCAUCCUCAGUCUGGAGCAACAAGUCAGAGAGCGAAACCUGAACCCCAAGGCGGCCUGUCUGAAGCGCCGCGAGGAGGAGAAGGUCACCGUGUCCUCGGACGGGGCUCCCCUGUCGUUGGCCGCCGCGCACCACGCCGCCGCCGCCGCCAUGGGCGACGGGUCCAACCCCUUGGGACAAAUGUAAAACGCAGCAACAUCUCCUCCCCCAUGAAUGGUCCAAGGUGCCAGAGUUCAUCAAGAUGAUGAGUGACCACUUCCUCUGACGGCGUUUCCAUGACAACCCGGCAAUCGAUCAACCCCGUUGUUCCUUCAGCCUGACCAAUCAGAUUCUCUGGAUCUUGGGCCUGACCAAUCAGAUCAGCCUCCUUCUCUCCUCACGUCUGUCUCUGAUCCUUUUCUUCACCUUCGUCUCCUUCUUCUGUGGAGAACACCAACUGCAGAGUCACAUUAGUCGCUUUCGUCACUUUGCAUCUCCAGCUGAAGUGAACUGGAUGCUACUUUGUGGAGACGUUUAAAUGGCCGCUGUAACGUGGCUGCUACAAAGUGUCAGUUUGUGGGAGCUUUUGGCACAAAGUGACAGCAAUGGACAAAAGUCUUUGGAAUCACAUCAUCCAAGAAAUUCUUCUUCUUGUACUACUUGUUUUAUCAGCAUUCCCAUUUUUAAAGAACAAAAGGGUUCUAUAUAUAGUAUAUAUACGACAAAAGGAAAAGAAUGACAAAAAACUUGUUUAAAAAGUGCAACUGGAUGCGGGCAGUGAGGAGGGUACGGGUUGGGGAGGGUUGUUCAGAACGGAGCAAAACAUAUCACAAAGUGUUUAAAGAGGUUUUUUUAAUCAACAUUGUGCAGCUGUUGUUGAAUGCAGCUUCAGCGCGUCUCUGACUGAAUGGCAAUCUAACGCCACACUGUGGAUGAAGCUGUGCCUGAUCUCCUCUUGGAUGCAAACCAGUCAGAUAGAUACACACGGAGAAGCAAACAAAAGAGAAGAGCAGGAAAAAUCCAGGAAGUGUUACGGAAGCUUGCUGCCCUAAUAAGUCCCCUUACAAACAACACAUUUUCACAGAUUAAACUAUAAAUUCAACAGAAGAUAUAAGGUGCUUGAUAUGCCGAGUCAUUUGAACAACAAUUCAAUUCGCAAACGCUUUUUGACUAUCAUAGAAAGGAAACGGGGCUAAACAGGAAAAACGGGGGCAACUUGUUCUUCCCCUUCUAAUGCAUUCCCUCUUAACCCGCACACAUUUACAGUAUAUUGCCAGUGUAAAACAAAAUCUAAACAUGUAUGUGUACUUUUAUUAGUGUUUUUUAUGCUACAUUGACUUUGUUAACAAGUGGCAAAAUUGUACGAACUGCUAACGUUUUGUGAAGUCACAAAUACUAAAGCCUGGACAGUUGUACCCAAAUGGCCCGUGUGUAUCUACUGAGAGGACGAGAAUAUCUAAAGAAUCAAUCAUUGAAUCAGUUAAUCAAUCAAUCAGUGAGUGAUUUCAGAGGGUCUUGGGUGUUUAAAUUACUGAAGGUAGAGGAAUAACAGAAGAAACAAGGACGAAUCAUGCAGUAAUGAAAGAGUGUACUUCUAAACGCCGCAGGAAGGAAAGACGUUUCUUGACAUCUUCAUUUAAGAUUGUUGUUGUGGGUUUGUAGUGCAGACGACCGAAAAAAACAGCUCUAGCAAACAUCCCGAAACCAGAGUCCUUUGUCAGAUAUUCAUCAGCAUGGGCAGAGUAGGCAGAGUUUAAACUGGUGUCCAGGCCUUUCCUUAACUCGAAGGAUUACUGGGCAGAUGGUUGAGAGGAUGGACAUUUAUAUUCCACGUUUAGCACAUUCCCGGAAUUACGAUCGCUCUACUUGAAUCGAGUGGUUAAGAUGGCCCGAAGCCCUGAACUGUGAGAGUUUUGGGAAAGGGAAAGGAGUACAGAGUUAUUAAAGUGGGCCAACAUCCUGAGGAGCUAGAGACUGAGGGCUAGGAGGAAAAAACAGAGAAUCUAAAGGUCUAAAUGAUGACGAUGCUGCAGGGGAAGCAAGGGAACAAUCAUCAUGGUGACGGGUGUAUACUUUUCUUCUAGGGGGCCAAGCAGCAGUAGUCAAAGCAUUCCUGUGUUAGAUUAAUUCGGUUCCCCUCUUUUCCUGGUUUAGUAUCUGGACUAUCAUAACCUUAAACUUCUAACCCAAUUCCAGACUGCCCUGGCCCUGAGUAACAACUUUGGGGGGACUUUCUGAUUGACAUUUGCCUUUAUAAAAGCCUUUAUAAAAUGACAAUACGUACCCAUAACAAUACUAAUAAUGACAAUACUCAAUACCUGAAAGAUCAAGGGUCUGGCAUUGAGUAAUGAAAAUGGCCCAACUCGAGGGGCGGCACCAAGCAUGCAUUUGAAAAUCUUACUGCACGCCACACUGCGACCAAUCACAACAAUACACGAGGUGACAUAUCCAGAGCCCCAUACGCCUAGCUACCAGCGGAGCUAACUGGUAGAUUAAACUGUCGUCAUCUGUUUAGCUUGCCUCUGGCCCGCCUAUAUCAGAUACACCGAUGUGAUUGGUGCAGCAGGGCUACAAGGGCACAGUUGAUGAGCAUUAUCACUCAAUGCCAGAGUGACUCGCUGAGCAGAUUCAAAUUGUGCUCUCGCGAGAACUCUGGAUUUCCAGGGUAGACGUGACCUGCACUGGCCCUGACAUGUCGCUCACUAAAUUACGACGUCACGUCAUCAUAUAAAAAACCUUGGACAAAAACAGAAUUACAUUCAGGUAACGCAGUAAUGCAGCGUUACUUGAAUUAGUAACUGUAAUAAAAUUACUGUUUUGAAAAUUGUAAUCCCUUAAACUCGUUACUGUGGAAAGUAAUAGUUAAGCAAUAUUACACUUGAGGGUUUGAUUUAACGUCAUUAUUGGCAUGACAUUGGCAACAGGCAACAGUAAUUGGAAUAUCUGCAAGCACGUCCAUUGUUUUGUGGUGUCAAUCAAAAGUCCCCUUUCCCCUUUGCCCCAGUGUGAACUUUCCUCCGACCAGGCCUGUGUUUAAUACCCAGUCCCAGUUCUGUCGUCUCUGCUGACCCUAGCCUUAUGAGCCCUAAACCAGAGCCCUAGCCCUUCUUCCCAGCCUCGUGCCCCACCCGAGCGGUCCCACAGAUGCAAUUUGAACAUUCACACUUCUACCAAUGUGCCUUUUUAGAGUUCAUAUCAUUCGAGUUGCCAGAGGAGGACAUUUACCUGGUCUUUUAAUAGGAUGCAAGCUUAGGGAAACCUGUUCUUAGUCGUUAGGUUCUAUGCAGUCAGGUUUUUUACCAGACCUGGGAAUUUAAAAAAAGCUAAAAAAAGGAAAAAAAAGUAUUUUUUGGAUAAAAAAGUAAACUGUAUUUAAUGUACUGUACGCUUAUAUGUAAGUAGACAGCGUGUUCUGGCUUGGAGCCAAUGAGACAGACGCUUUUAGCAAACCGAGCCCAGAUCCCAGUCCCCCCCAAAGUUCUCCAUAACCCCCCCAACCUUCCUGUUCCAAGCCCCAGCCCUGUUUCCAUGAUGAACAACGCGUCUCUUCUUGUAUUAUAGCUUAUCAGCUUUUUAUCAAUAUUUGAUCGGCUUGUCCGUAAGCCAAUGUAGUCUUCAGUACAAAGUGUGUGGUCGUAUGUUGUAAAGCAGAUUUUCUUUUUUUCUCUCUUUCUCUUUUUUAAGAAGAAUCUUUUCUCUUAUUACUUUUUCUUUGUCUGUUCUGGUUUACAUGUCUAUUAUAGAAAAUGUUAAAAAAACAAAACAAAAAGAAAUAGAAAAAAAAAAAAAACACAAUUCGCUAUCUGACAGCAUGGUUCUGUCUGUGGUAAUUUUGCCGCAGUUAAAAUCCUACCCAAUCAACAGGAAGGCACGGAAACUGGAAAAGAAUCUAUUUGAAUAAAUCAAUCUAUAUAUAAAUGUACAAAAAAAUAUAUACGAUAUAUAAGGAGGGUGCCAUUUUCAGUUUUUUUCUGUUGCAAAUGCGUGUUUGCUUGGGGAGGAAUUCUUUUCUCAAAGACUGAACUGGCAGAAGUUGGCGAGGCCCCUCAGUGUUAUAAAUUUCCAACUGACUUUGUUGUGUUCUCUGUUGUUGCCAUGACAACACCCUCUGACUAGUACGGCACCCUGCGCAGGACAAAAUGGGACCGUAGUACCAUCCGCUCUAUUCACUGCUAUCUAUUCAAGGCAACAACACACAGACGUUUGUAAAUUGUAUGCAACAAAAUGGCAAACUUUACCAUUAUUUUGAAAUUGUGUAUGUAAAAGUUAUAUUUUUACAUGUAGACUGUUGUUAUUUUGUGUUUUAGAAAUAUGUUGUAUCGGUUUUUUUGUUAAAAUAUGAAAAAGUAAAAUUCAGUGUGUGUUGAAAAAAAAUGUGUCACAUUGAAAAUGUAGUGAGGUCAAAAGUUCAGAAUCAUUUUAUUUUAAAUUUUUCAACCUUAUGUUUAUAUCUGUAGGGGGACAUUUUCAAGGGUUUGUGGGAGGAAUCAGAAAUCAUAAAAGAUAUAUAAUAUUUGUUUAAUCCUCCAUGCCUCAUGACAUUACCAUUUUUAAAUGUAUUUUUUAUUAUUUUUUUGCAGAGAAAUGUGUAAAUAGUCAUAAAACAUUUUCUGUGGGGUUUCUGUAGGGUGAGAACUUGCCAGUGAGAGUCGAUGACGAUGAACUUGUUUGGAUUUUUAGUGAGGUUGUAUUUGUACGGUUACAGUAGCCAGGUGCCAACUUUUAGUUUGGGUCAGUGGUGCUCAGUACUGUAUGUGGUUUUGGUUGCUGACCAUCUCAAGUGUAAGUCAAACCAUUGUCUUUGCUUGCAACAAGAAUCACUCGUGUCAGAGCCAGAGUGAGGCCUUUUUUUGCGGCAUUUAAUUUUGAUUUACAAGGAGGGAAACAAGCUGGUAAACUGGCAAAAAAAACAAUACAUGUUCUGUAAACUGCUAUUCUUAGGGAAAGUUUGAAUGUAAUUCAUAAAAACACAGGGUGUCAUAAUUCAAAAGUACACUACCUGAUUUUGUUAUGUACCUGAAAAUUUAAAAAUGCAUAACAUAUAAAAAUUGGUUAUAAUGUAAUACACAUCAGAAAUUGUUAUAGGGUGGUAUGACAAAAUCCAUGAUUUUUUUUAAUUACAUAAAGUAUGACAAAAACUUAACUGAGGUACCCAACGAGUGUUCACAAAUUCUAUUCACUUUGGUUCUACCUGGUGGCUUUGGGCCCGGCUCUGACUCCAGUGCAUUUAUUCUCUUCAAGAUGGGUUGUAAAUGUUGAUUAAAGGAAACACCCUCAGCACCUGAUUCAAGAUUAAUAUAUGAGAAUUUUGUAAAAGAUUGGAAUGUCACUAAUAUAAAAAAGCAGAUCGUCAGCAAACAAUCGUAUCAGCUAUUUCCCCAAAAAGAUAUCAGAUAAUGUGCAAGGCAGUUUCAGUCGUUUGUUUUUUAGUGUUUGCCGUUAAAAUUGAGCUUUUUGUCAAAAGGAAAAAAGCUACUUUGAAUCGGACCUAUAGGUUAAACACUAGGAUUGAAUCUGUCAGUGUAAGUGCUAAAUGUGUUUUUUACGUAAUGUUAUUUUUAAAUGCUUCAUUUCGUAUUUUCUCUUAGUUGUAUAAUCAAGUCAUCUCCCGAAUUACAGUAUCUUCAUUUUUAUGUUACCUCCUGAUGUGUCUAUUAGCCAAAAUGUUAACUUCUUUUUCAUUUCCCUUCUUGUUGUACAUACAGUACACACCUCAUUUCUCUUUUUCAGUGACUGUGCCAUGAGCUUUGUAAUCUGUUACUCUGUACCAGUUUUACUGCAAUAAUGAGUUGAAUUCAAAAUGGC